CCCGUCGACAGGGGAUUCGGCGCUUGGUCUUUUCUAUUGGCGGCCGUCAUCAUAGAAGCCCAUGUUUGGUGCUUUCCGCUCGGAUUUGGUCUCUUCCUUACGGCCUACCUGGACGAGCCGGCCUUGGUAUCUCAACCUAACUCAUCCUUCCUAUUGCCAUUGAUCGGGACAUUGUCGACAGGUGUCUUAUACCUAACUGGACCUUUCUUAUAUCCCUAUAUUUCCCGUUACCCUCAGCAUCGAAGGCCAUGUAUGUGGGUUGGAUUUUGCCUGUGCUGGACCAGUCUCCUUGGUGCGAGCUACACAACGAAGAUUCAAAUCCUCAUUUUGUUGCAAGGAGUCUUAUUCGCAUUGGGAGGGGCAUUACUAUAUUCACCAUGCAUAUCAUACAUGUCUGAGUGGUUCGUGAGGCGUCGCGGGCUCGCGAACGGCAUCCUUUUCUCAGGCUCCGCUGCUGGUGGUCUUUUUCUGCCCUUCAUCAUCCCGCCCUUGAUUCGUGCUCACGGUCCUUUCGCAACAUUGCGAAUCCUUUCUGUGGCGAUCAUCAUUGCUGUGUUCCCUGCGCUGUUCUUCAUCAAACCUCGUUUACCCGAGAAACGGGUCCAUGGUCCUCGUCGUCGAUCCGCAGGCUCCGGAAUCUGGCUUUCAAGCUCUCCAUGGUGGAUUUUAGUAGUGGCUAAUACCAUUCAAGGAUUUGGUUACUUCGUUCCUAUCAUCUGGCUACCGGUGUACACCUCCGCUCUGAAUGUCAGGCCCUCUACAGCUUCACUCGCACUGUCGCUGCUCAAUGGUUUUGCGGCUGUCGGACCCCUUGUAUUGGGAACUCUUUCUGAUUAUGUCUCCCCCUGGCUACUUGCAGUCAUCACUGCUACGCUGUCCUGUAUUAGUACCCUAGUUCUAUGGGGUGCAUUGGGGAACAUCUCUGCGCUAAUGGCAUUUGGCGCCACGUACGGGCUUUUUGCAGGUGGGUGGAGCACGUUGUAUACUGGGUUUGUUCGGGGAAUCACUGAAGACGAUCACUCACUUUCUAUCACCCUUUAUGGCUUUUUGAUGCUCACCCGAGGACUCGGGAAUGUCUUAUGCACUCCAAUAUCGACAGCGCUAGCGAACAUCUCUACAGACUUCGCAUACCCUCGAGAGGGGAGAAGUGGAUUUACAUUAGAAGGCGGUCGGUUCCACAAGCUGAUCGUGUACGUCGGAAUGUGCUAUGCUGGGGCUGCUGCAGUUGCUUUGGUCGGUUGGAGCCGCGAGAAG